AUGCCCUCUCGCUGCAGGAAUACGCUGAACAUCGUGGUGACCACCCUCUUUGCUGCAGUGGUCCUCUUCACCAUCCUGCUGGCCUAUGUCACAGGCUACCAGUUCAUCCACACCGAACAGCACCACCUGUCCUUCGGCCUCUAUGGUGCCUUCCUCUCCCUCCACCUCUUCCUUCAGAGCCUUUUCGCCUUCCUGGAGCAUCGGCGCAUGAGGAGCCCUGCCCGGCCCCAGCACCUCCGUCGCUCCGUGGCCCUCUGCAUCGCCGCCUACCAGGAGGACCCGGACUACCUGAGGAAGUGCUUGCGCAGCAUCCGUCGAAUCUCCUUCCCUGGCCUGAAGGUGGUGCUGGUGGUGGAUGGGAACCGGCCGGAGGACCGUUACAUGAUGGACAUUUUCCAGGAGGUGAUGGGGGGCGCUGACCAGGCCGGCAGUCUGGUGUGGAAGGGAAACUACCACAGUGAUGGGAGCGGAGGAGGUGGUGUUGGAGGUGGAGGCAGAAGCACAGUGCACAUGGAGGAGGCAGCACGAGUUGCUCGGCUGGUCAGAGGCUGUCGCUACUCCUGCGUCAUGCAGGAGUGGGGAGGGAAAAGAGAGGUGAUGUACACUGCCUUUAAAGCACUGGGGGACAGUGUGGACUAUGUGCAGGUGUGUGACUCAGACACAGUUCUGGAUCCAGCAUGUACCAUCGAAAUGCUGAAGAUCCUUGAGGAAGAUCCGAUGGUGGGAGGAGUCGGUGGAGACGUACAGAUCCUCAACAAGUACGACUCGUGGAUCUCCUUCCUGAGCAGUGUGCGCUACUGGAUGGCGUUCAACAUUGAGCGAGCCUGCCAGUCCUACUUUGGAUGUGUCCAGUGUAUCAGUGGCCCCCUGGGGAUGUACAGGAACUCCUUGCUCCAGCGCUUCCUGGAGCCCUGGUACCACCAGACCUUCCUGGGCUCCAAGUGCAGCUUUGGCGAUGACCGCCACCUCACCAAUCGGGUGCUCAGCUUCGGCUACAAGACGAAAUUCACGGCGCGAUCGCAGUGCCAGACUGAGACGCCAACCCAGUAUCUGCGUUGGCUCAACCAGCAGACUAGAUGGAGCAAGUCCUACUUCCGUGAGUGGCUCUACAACGCCCUGUGGUUCCACAAGCACAGCCUCUGGAUGACCUACGAGUCUGUGGUCACCGGCUUCUUCCCCUUCUUCUUGGUUGCCACCGUCAUCCAUCUCUUCUACCGUGGAAGGCUGUGGAACAUCCUGCUCUUUCUAUUGACCGUGCAGCUGGUCGGGAUGGUGAAGGCAACGUACGCCUGUUUCCUGCGUGGCAGCUUGGUCAUGAUCUUCAUGUCGCUCUACUCUCUGAUCUACAUGUCCAGCUUGCUCCCUGCCAAAAUAUUUGCCUUGCUCACCAUCAACAAGGCUGGAUGGGGAACUUCGGGCCGCAGGAAGAUCGUCGUCAACCUGAUUGGCGCCGUGCCCGUCACAGUGUGGGCGAUGGUGCUGCUCGGAGGUGUGGUGUAUACGGUCUACUGUGAAACACAGGAGCCGUUCAGUGAGACAGAGAAAGCCUUGUUGAUAACAGGGACAAUACUCUACGCCUGCUACUGGCUCAUUCUGCUGGUGCUCUACCUUGCAAUCAUAGCCAAACGGUGUAACAAGAGGGAGGAGCAGUAUCACCUGCCAUAUGCGGAGGCAUAAACCUGUUACCAGGGAGACUGGUAGGACAUUCGCGCCACAUUUCACUGCAGUAUGACUCUAGCACGGUCUCUGUUGACCCUGUGCACUGCUAGAGUGAUGAGCUGUGAACC